GGCUGGGCCAGGGCCGGGGCCGGGGCCGGCUCGGCGGCGGGCCGGUAACGCCAUGUCCCUGCGGGAGCCGAGUCCGUGCGGCGCCGUUGAGGCCGGAGAGGAUGCGGCGGCGGCGCUGGCGGAGCCGGAUGGUCCGGACACGUGCUUAUCGCUGCUGCCCUGGGACCGCUUUUCGGCUUGGCUGCACUGUGUGUGUGUGGUGGGCUUUGACUUGGAGCUGGGCCAGGCGGUGGAGGUAAUAUAUCCUCCACAUUCAAAACUCACAGAUAAAGAGAAAACCAAUAUUUGCUAUUUGUCUUUUCCAGAUUCUAAUUCAGGUUGUCUUGGGGACACACAGUUUUGUUUUAGGUUUCGACGAUCUCCUGGAAGGAAAGUCUCAUUGUGUUGUUUUCUGGACCAAUUGGACAGAGAUCUACCAGUUUACUUAAAGAAAGAUCCAGCAUAUUACUAUGGUUAUGUGUAUUUCAGACAGGUCCGAGACAAAUCGUUAAAGAGAGGCUAUUUCCAGAAGUCACUGGUCCUCAUCAGCAAGCUACCUUAUGUCCAUCUCUUUCACACGAUGCUCAAGCACAUAGCACCAGAAUACUUUGAGAAAAGUGAAGCUUUCCUGGAAGCAGGUAUUUGUAGUGAUGUUGAUCGUUGGCCACCACCAAUUCCAGGGAAGAUACUGCACUUGCCUAUCAUGGGCAUUAUCAUGAAGCUGCAGAUUCCAACAUAUCGUGACAAGCCUGGAACAACGCCAGUAGCACAGGAUAUGCACCAGGCAGAUGCUCAGAUCUCCAUGCCUCUACUGACUGUUCAUGAAGUAAAUCUUUUCAGGUGUUUCUGUCCAGUGUUCUUUCACGUCCAGAUGCUUUGGGAACUAGUACUGCUAGGGGAACCACUUGUUGUGAUGGCACCAUCACCAUCAGAGUCUUCAGAAACUGUGUUGGCACUUGUUAGUUGCAUUUCACCAUUGAAGUACUGCAGUGAUUUCAGGCCAUACUUCACCAUACAUGACAGUGAGUUCAAAGAAUAUACAACUCGCACACAAGCCCCGCCAUCUGUCAUUCUAGGGGUGACAAAUCCUUUUUUUGCUAAAACACUUCAGCACUGGCCUCACAUUAUCCGCAUCGGAGAUAUUAAACUUCCAGGUGAAGUUCCAAAGCAGGUGAAAGUGAAAAAACUGAAGAACCUAAAAACUUUGGACUCCAAACCAGGUGUUUAUACCUCUUACAAGCCAUACUUGAACAAGGAUGAAGAAAUUGUUAAACAGUUACAAAAGGGUGUCCAGAAGAAGCGUCCUAUGGAAGCACAGAGCGUGAUCCUGCGGCGGUACUUUUUGGAGUUGACAGAAAGUUUCAUUAUUCCAUUAGAGCGUUAUGUGGCAAGCCUGAUGCCUUUGCAGAAAUGCAUAUCACCGUGGAAGAGCCCACCACAGCUCAGGCAGUUUAGCCAAGAUGACUUCAUGAAGACACUGGAAAAAGCAGGACCACAGCUCACAUCAGGUUUAAAAGGAGACUGGAUAGGACUUUACAAGCAUUUUUUGAAAUCUCCAAACUUCGAUGGUUGGUUUAGAAGCCGGCAGAAAGAAAUGACACAGAAGUUGGAGGCCCUUCACUUAGAAGCGCUCUGUAAUGAGAACUUGGUUUUCUGGAGUCAGAAGCAUACUGAAGUGGAAACAGUGGAUCUUGUCUUAAAGUUGAAGAACAAACUGUCGCAGGCUGACAGAGAACAUCUUCCUGUGAAAACCGACACACUGAAAAAGCUGGAGGCACACAUCAAUGAUAUUAUAAGAGCACUUCCAGAUGACUUACAGGACAUUUUGCUCAAAACUGGCACAACGUGAUUCCUGCUGGGCUUUUUGCUUGCACAGGACACAAGGCAAAUACAGUUUCACAGAAGACAGUGACUUGAGUUCAGAACACAGCUGUAAAUAUCAUUAUAACAACACUACAAAUGGACUGUACUAAUUGUAUAGCCACUAUAGCAUUCUCAUGUUUUUUUCCACUUAAAUACCAAUGCAACUAAAGGAAUUUCUAUAUCUAAUAAUGUCUGAACUAAGUGCUCUUAAAGAAAACUCUGUGGGCAUAUGAAACUAUACCACAGUAUAGGACCAUGGCGCAGUGCUGGCAUUGCAGAAUGUUAUCCAAUUGGUGCUGCUAUACCCAAUCCUGUUAACUCAGGGGUAAGCAAUACUCAUCCUGUACUGUUCUGUUGAUGUAGUACACAAUUGCUUUUCUUUCCUUCCAGUUUUUAACUAGUGGUAAGUCCAAGCAGCAUAUUCUGUGAUUUGGUCAAAAUACAUUAUAGCUGAGGCAUUUUACUAGUAAAUCAUAGCUUUCAAGUGUGUUUCAGGGCCAGCUGAAACAGUCAGAUCCAUUCUUUACUUUAUUCCUUUCUUCUUCUUACCAUCUUUCCAAAACCAUAUUAAUUUAGCAUCUUUCAAGAUGGGAAGGCAGCUGACAAACAUUUCCUGAAGGGAAGUGUCUAUCAUUCCAUGUCAGUUAAUUAGAGUGCUCUUAUUGACAUGCCUUAAAUUAUGAAAUAAUUGUAUAAUAACUGGUGGUUUUAAACUGCUGACACGCAGGAUUUAAAGUGGAUCGCUGGUGUAAAUGUAAGCAUGCAAAAUCCAUCACAGGAAGUAAACACAGUGGCAUUCUAACAGGGAUUUCAAAAUCAGUGAUUUCAGUAGGGUUAGCUGACAUACAGUCUGUUUCAGUUGGUGAUCAUAGUGGUCAGCUUCUGUUAUAAUUUAUUGUUUUAACUUUUAAAAAUCAUACUAGUAGGAUAUUUAAGGACAUAGUGGAGCUGGAGGCAGAAACUGUUGCCUACAGCUGAAAAAAGCCUAUGUAAAGAUCAAACUGUGGCAAGAAGGGAUUGUAGCAUGAAAUUAUUCUCAGUAUAUGCAUAUAGCAGACAUGCAUAAAGAGCAAUUUCCUCUUGCAUAUUAAGCAAUGAGACUGUCAUGUUUGUCCUCUACAAAAGUUUCAGUGGUAUAUAAGAACUCAGCUGCUCUACAUGCAGUGUCAUACUUUGAGCAGUUCGUAUAGAAUGAACUAUGGCAUACACACAGCAUACACCUCUGUACGGUAAGAGGAUCACAGUUACAAAAAAACCCUUCUGCUGUAAGUGCUUGGAUAGAAUUUGCAAAAACUUACAACAUAAUCCUGCUGUAAGAAUAUGCUUUUGUAUGGUAAAUAUUUCAUACCAUCUUUUUAAAAAUGUUUUAUUUAGAUAUAAAGUGUCACAACGGUAUUUUUAUGGAGAUAGCGUAUUUUAAUACUGUUAUGGUUUGUAUACGAUUACUCAUGACCUUAAUGUAUCUUUUAUGUUACUUAAACUACACCACUUCAGCAUUAAUGUCUAAAUUGCAAUUUUUUUUUAAGUUGUGGGGU